UGCUUCCAACAACAAGCAAGAAGCCAGCAACAUGGCCGACCUAGGAAAGAAGUACUGCGUAAACUGCCUUGCAGACGUUACGAAUCUGAGACUUCGCUGUACUGACUGCCCAGAUAUCGAACUGUGUCCGGAAUGCUUCUCCGCGGGUGCAGAAAUCGGUAAUCAUCGGCGAUGGCACGGUUAUCAGCAAGUCGACGGCGGGCGCUUCACACUCUGGGGUCCCGAAGCGGAGGGAGGAUGGACUAGCAGGGAAGAGCAGUCGCUACUCGAUGCGAUCGAGCAAUAUGGCUUUGGAAACUGGGAGGACAUGGCCACUCAUGUGGGGGCGUCUCGGACCCCCCAGGAAGUCAUGGACCACUACGUCAGAAUGUACAUUCACGGAAACCUGGGCAAGGCCUGUGUCCCCGAAAGUAUCCCCAACCGGGUAACGGACCACACCUGCCCCAGCGGUGCCCCCCUGUCCCCCAGCCUCACCACCCCCCUGCCCCCGCUGGACGUGACCCUGGGCGAGCAGCAGCAGCUGGGCUACAUGCCCCUUCGCGACGACUACGAAAUCGAGUAUGACCAGGAGGCAGAGAAGCUUAUCAGCGGCCUCUCGGUCAACUACGACGAUGAAGACGUGGAGAUUGAAAUGAAGCGGGCGCACGUGGACAUGUACGUGCGCAAGCUGCGGGAGCGUCAGCGCCGCAAGAAUGUGGCCCGCGACUACAACCUGGUGCCUGUCUUCCUUGGGCGAGAUAAGAAGGACAAGGAGAAGCCAGGCACGCUGGGAGUUGUAGGUGGCGGGGGUAGUGUUGGCGCCGUCGGAGUGGGAGGAGGAGUAGUGGGGACCCUUCUGAUGCUGACCAAUCCCAUUGUGACGCCGGGAGCUGCAGCCGUUCCUACAGUGCCAAAGCGUAAGAUCACCAAGGAGGAGAAGGAGCAGCGGGUCAAGUUACGGGGGAUGUGCCAGUUUAUGGCUCUGCGGGAGUUUGAGGACUUCUUUGACAACAUGCACAAGGAGCGCGUGCUGCGCGUCAAGGUACGAGAGCUGCAACGAUACCGCCGCAACGGCAUCGCACGACUGGACGAGUCGGCCGAGUAUGAGUCGGCGCGGCACAAACGGGAGAAACGCAAGGAGAACAAGAGUGUGACUACCUCCAAAACAGGCCGAGGCGGCGGGCUCGGCACUGGGGGAGGAGGGGGAGGGCUUGGAGGAGGGGCGGGAGGUGGAGGAGUGGGCGGUGGCGCCAUCAAAGAGGAGGGCAAGGAAGGCGAGUUUGCGGCCAUUGAGAACCUGUCCGGCUUUGAACUGCUGUCAGACCGGGAGAAGGUGCUGUGUAACACGCUCAACCUCAGCCCCACGCGCUACCUGACCGUCAAGACCAUCAUCAUCAAGGACCACCUUCAGAAGCGCCAGGGCAUCACCUCCAAGAGCCGCCUGCCAGGCUACCUGGACAAGGUGCUCAAGAAACGCAUCCUCAGCUUCCUCACAGAGAGCGGCUGGAUAUCCCGAGACAUGUCCUAACAGUCCAUCGGGUUUGUAGGAACUGGACAGUGUCCUAACAAUGUGUGUAUGGAGUUUGUGGGGACUGAGGAUUACAGAAGGAUCAUGACUCUGUUCUCCGUUGGAUUGUUGCGUCUCCGUGUGUCUUGUUAGAAACAAUGUGAGAUUUGCACUCGUAAGCUCCACAUAGACCAAACUAUUGGGUUUUACCACCUUUUGUCUCGUUUUGUCCAACGUCAUCGACCACAGGACUGUUUGUGAAUAUGUACAUUGCAAAGAAUAAGGAUUUCCACUUUCUUAAAAAAAAAUAAAGUUUGGAUACCAUUUACAGGGGAGGGAUGAACAGAUAUAUAUAUAUUUUUGCAUUUGAAUCCAUAUGAAUGAUAAUGUAUUUGUAUGGGUAGAUGAUACAGGGUCUUUGUAUUGAAACUCCAGUGACGGAUCGCCUAAUGCUGCUGGGCAAACCAGACAACACUGUUCUCAAAGUAGAAACUGUUACGUAUAGUUUGCCUCCAGCUUCUUUGUAGCCUGGUCCCAAAUGCGUUGGUGCUGUCUAGCCAACUCCUAUGGUCAUUGACCAGACAACACCAACAGAUCUGGGACCAGGCUAGCUUCCUUCCUGUAGUUUUGGAGAGCACAAGUUAGUGCCUAUUCAAACAGCAAUACAGUCACACUGUGCUGGAACGCAGGGGGUAUAUCAUCUUAUUCUUCCCAUGAAGAGAUGAAGGCCGGCAAAGCAUACAGGAGUCAGUAUUUGGCAGCUAACGCUCUCGUAGAGUACUACAGUAAUCCCCGUUUUGACUCUUGUCAAAACUUUGUGGCGGUCUAACUUAGGAUGGCAGGCUCAGAAUUUGGCACUAUGAGAGGAAUAGCCUAACUUCUCAACUAUUCUGUUCCAUCCCCUGCACGAUUUCUGAUUCUAGUAGGCUGUUCACUAAGAUAAGAAAAAUAUCAACUUUUAAAUGUUUAUAUGGGCAUUAACCAAUGACAUGCGUACAAACCUUAAGCACAAAUCAAAAAUCUCUUGUUUGCCAAAUGAGCAUAUAGGCUAUCACUAGUUUUUUUUACUACCCUGUUCCAUCACAGGUUUAAGUUUGCCAGUUUGGAUGUUAUGGUGUAAAACUGUAUGAUGGCCUGUCAGACUGAUUUUUUUUAACCUCUUAAUGAAUAUGUGGUGCAUGGUUAUUGUCUUCUUAUCACCGGUUGCUUGCUGUUUUUGUUUGCAAGUGUGUCACUUAUUCAAAGUCAUAUUUUUUUAAAUGUUUUGAAGACCUGCUAGAUUUGCUCCAUCUAACUUCCUGGUUCAUUGUUUUUUUUUUUUUUUAUACAGUCACAGCAUUCAUAUAGGCUACUGUACACAUCACAUGGCCUUGCAAGUACAACAUCAAAGGGCAGGAAUAAUCUGGUAGAGUAAAUGGACGACUGCCUCAGAAAAGCUUGGUUGCUUUUAGACAUUGAUGUUUUCCAUUGACAUCAAAUGUGUUUGUUCCCAGCACAGGUACUUUGAAGUGUCCACUGGCACCUUAUCUUUCUGACGUCCAGUUAGCCUGUUUUAACAUGGACAAGGUGAACUACUGCAGGGAUAUAGAUGUGGUUUGGGUGUAGAGAAACAGUGUUGAGGAGUAUCAAGUUUGACGCUGGGAAGUAGAUGUAAUGAUCGCAGACCAGCGGAGGCUGGUCGGAGGAGCCUGUCCUCCAAUAGCUCCUCCCACCGGGCUCCUCUGUCACACAUACAGGCCUUGGUGUUAUCCCCACCAUAGUAUAUUUUAUCAUACCACAGAAGUAAUAAAAGCAAUAUUUUUUUUAUUUAUCCUUCCUCAUAAGCUUGAAAGUAUCCAGACACUGACAAGGCCCCUGGGUUCUCGCAUCGCCGAGCUGAAGAUUUCUAUUUGUCGCAAAAACUGUCACGGUUUUACAAUCAAAGACUAGAUUAACUCCUUAUCUGGUUUAAAGAGAAAACAACUGUUUUUGAACCAUAACGGCAUCAUCUAUGAUUUCUUUUCACUUUCCUCUGCGGUGUUGAGGGCUUUUGUGCGUGUCGAUCCCAGAGGUGGCAGGAGAGCGCCAUUUAAAUGUAAAUGGCAUUUUGAAUGGGCAUCGGUUGACGGGGAGAGUUGGAAUACAAAAGUGGGGUUGAGGCUGCGAGAGCGAGGGGUGGGCGUAAGAAGUAGUGGUGUUCAAGCUCGAUCUGUCAAAGCAUAGAUUUAGUUUUGUGCUGCUUCUUGUUCUAUUUUCCUCCCUCCGCCUCUCCUCCGUCCAUGUACUGACUCUUGGAUCCUGGCGCUUUUUACUGAUAGGGAUUUUGCCAUAAAACGAAAGCCCCAUUCCUCACUUCUGUUUCUGCUGCAGGGAGCCAGUUGCCCUGUGUUUAGAGGUGGAGCUGGCUGGUCAGCCCAGUGUUAUACUUAUUAGAGAACAUGAAAUAAUAAUUUCUUAUUGGACAAGGCCAGGUAGUCCCUCCCUGUUUCACCCUAUUGUCUUCCAUUUGGUGCCUACUGAAUGAGACCCAGGCUAUGGUAAGAAGUCAGCAUGAGAGGUCAGAGUUCAGUCUAGGCGAGAACCUCUAAAGUUGACAGUGCCUAUUAUCAGUAUAAUUUAAUUUCCUGUCAAAGCUAGUAGCUAACUACUUCAACCAUUGUCAUUAUAAAAAGUUCAAAGACAUUAAUAAACACAGCCUGCUUCCCAUAGCCUUGUUUAAUAAUCAGGGUGUGCCAUUGCUGUGCCAAACCAUUUUAGCUUUGGCACAGAUUUCAUGACCGAGGGAAACGCUGUUAAGCUAAAGCUUCCCAUCAGUAGAUGGCAUUCUGAAUUGUUUCAGCCUCUUUUUCUGUUAUGUUCAAAAAAUGUUGAAAUUACACUUUUGUUGUUCUAUGAAACAUUACCAUUUUAUGAGCAUACGGGAGUGUUUUGCAUGUGAAGCCAAGUGUUUUAAAUUAUGUAAGUAGUACAUUUUGGUUAAAUGGCUUGAUUAAAAAUUAUUUUCACUUGAAUUGUUUUUAAACAUCAAGACUUUAUGAGGGCGGGGAGAAAGGUUUUAUUUUAUUUGUGGAAUUUUUUGUAAAAACAUUUUACCAAAUGUACAUGAUGUUUUGUAAGAAAUUGAAAAUGAACAUAUUAACCUGUGAAAUGUACAGUAUUUUAUUUCAGUUACUUUUUAUAACAAAUCUUAAAUAUGCGAGUGAGAACCAUUCUAAGCCUUUUGCGUGUGUUGUCGUAGCAUGCUGUUAAACUGUUCAUGUGUAUCAGUAGUAUGCUUAGGAAGUCAAAGCAUUUGUUGACAAUUCAGUGGUUGAAAAUGUUGAGGGGGAAUGUUUGAUGGCCCAUUAUUUGUGGUUGCACAGGACAUAGUAGGUUUUGUAUUAAAAGUGCAAAUACUUUA